AUGAAUGCCAGCGACGAGAACCUGCUCAAGUCCAUCAGCAACGACGCGCUCCUGGACCUCACGCAGCGCUACGGACAGUCCGCCUUCGGCUUCGGCCCCCCCCACGGUGCGGCCGGAAGCCCCGCGCGCUACCCGCUGACCCCGGCCGCCGACUUCCUCUCCGGGCAGCAGAAGACCACCAGCACCGGCAAGACCACCAACGAGACGAGCGGGGGCGAGCACACCAGCGAGGACGAGGACGGCUUCGACUCGCUCGGCGGCGGAGCCCGGCGGUCCGGGGGGGGGGACGAGAAGUCCGGCGGCGGGGGGGGCAAGAAGUCCAAGGAACAGCGGUCCCUGCGGCUGAGCAUCAACGCCCGGGAGCGGAGGAGGAUGCACGACCUGAACGACGCGCUGGACGGGCUGCGAGCCGUCAUCCCGUACGCGCACAGCCCGUCCGUCAGGAAACUCUCCAAGAUCGCCACCUUGCUCCUGGCCAAGAACUACAUCCUCAUGCAGGCGCAGGCGCUGGAGGAGAUGCGGCGGCUGGUGUCCUACCUGAACCAGGGGGGGGGGAGCCUGGCGUCGCCCCUGCCCCCCGGCGGUGGCCUGCAGACCCCCUUCGGACAGGCCGCCGCCGUGUACCCGUUCAGCGGCUCCGGGACCCCGGGGGGCCUCUUCAAACACUGCAGCGACAAACCCUGA